CAUGUAUCUGAGUCAAAGGUGACCUAUAACAUAUAUCUGUUAAAGAAAGGAGGGCUGCUAUACUCGCUAGAAGGACUUUACUCGCUACCUUUCCAAGCAGUGAUCUGCCUACGCCUGUAUAAAUCUAUAUACGUUAGGGUUUCGCUAGAUAAGGACGUUAAUAGAAGCUCAGAAAGAUACCAUAUAGACUUUGUAUCUCACCAAAGCUAUAGUAUGAUCGAUCGAGUGUUCGUCUAUCUUUACUACAGUCGUCAUCUCGCUAUUGAAUAUAGCAUCGAUAACAGACACCUAUCUGUCGAAUACACUUUAGAUACCCUAUUUCGUGAUAGAUACAGAUCGUAA